UCGAAAUUCUUUUUCCAGGUUACCGCCCUAUCGUGAUGCUGCACUGAUCCAGGCAGUCAUUAGUUCCUAUUUCAUAACUCGGUUCUGUACUUUCUCUCAGUCUACUUCUCUAUAUCCUCGAACGAUGGUAAAAUCUCUCUUCAACAUCUGUUUAUCGGCCGUCUGCCAGCAUCAACUCAACGAUCACUUGGCGUUGAUCCCAAUCGAAUGCAAGCAGAAACUGUUGGAGUUCUUCACCAACCAUGAUCAGCUAUCCACCUUGGAUUGCGACCGACUCGUCUCUUCGCCGUCUUUCGCCGAUAACCUCACCGAGCUGAAGUUCUACCUCAGUGAGGAUCUCUCCGAUUCGAUGCUCACCGCACUCACUGCCAAUAAUAAACGACUUGAAAGGAUCACGCUUGUCGAAUGCCCCAAAGUCACUGAUAAGGGUAUUCGUGCAGUGACAUCAGGUCAAAGAAAUCUUCUGCAACUCGAGUUACGAGCAAUGUAUCAGUUAACUGAUGCUGGUCUUACUGAAGUUCAUUGCCCAAAUCUUCAUACGGUGGAUAUCAGCGGUUGUGCUUUGGUAACGAGUCUAGGGAUUCGAUUUCUUGUACAAAGGAACCCGAAUAUUCAUUGUUUAUAUCUCAAUCAUUGUCGAUCACUUGAUGACCAAGCUCUAUACGACAUAGCCUACUAUGUGGGAGAGCGAUUACGAGUACUCGAGCUCGACUUCCUUCCUUCUCUCGUUGAUCCAGCCGCAGCACUUCAGCAUCUUUCAACCCAGUGUCCAAAUGUGUGUCAGCUCUCGUUGGCUCGAUUUUUCAGCGAGAACUACGAUGAUUUCUUGCCAGUGCAAUUCAAGAUUGAUGGCUUCAACUUGCGGGAUAUCGAUCUAUACGGAAAUUAUUUCACUAUUUUACCGGAGCUUCCCCCCACUGUGCACUCACUGCGUUUGUCAGUUAAUGGCGAUGAGAAUCCAUUCGAAUUGGUGAAAAGUCUGGAAGCUCAGCCUUAUCUAAAGAACAUCAACCUUCAACUGAGCAUAAGGGAUGCUAGCAUCGCUGCCAUCGACAAUGCAAAUACGUUGUUAAGCACAAUUUUGCCAUAUAUUGGAAGCAAGAUCACGAUCCUCACAGUGGCCACUCCAAGACUCUUCGACGAUUCUCUACGUUUGAUCACCGAAUGCACUCCAAAUCUCACCCAUCUCGCUCUUGAUGUUAAUCAUCUCAGCACCCACAUCCUUCAGCGCUACUUCGCAGGUGGCGCUAAAUCGCAAGGAUCACGUCUUCGUUCUUUGAAGAUUUGUCGCAUGAGGAUCACCUAUAGAGUGCUAUUUGCUAUAGCUCGAGGGGCUCGGAAUCUUUUGGAUCUCGAAACUUCUCAAAUGCUGUCGGUUGACGAUCGUUUCCUAGCUAUUCUUGGUGAUAACUGCAGGCAACUAAGAUGCAUCAACUUGAACGGAUGUCGAUGGGUCAGCGACAAGGGCAUGGCUGCCUUAGCCAGGCGCUGUCCAUUGCGAGAAGUUCGUAUCCGAGGUACUGCUUGCACUGAUAAGUCUAUCUACAUUCUCGCUCAAUUCUGCCCCGAUCUCGAGUGGAUCUCGUACGCUGACUACUCAGGUCGACCAAAAUUCACCGACAAAGCACUUCAGUUUCUCAGGGAUUCAUGUAUACAGAAAGUCAUCUGCUGAAUUAAUUACGGGACACCACAACACUUGCACUAGCAUCCACUUUUGCUCUCAUAGUAUUUACUCCUUUUCAGUCUUCAACUGUGAUAUUUUGCUUACACCCCGAACAAUUGUGAUGGGCCGUGUCCUCUCUUCAACAGAAUAUCCUCAUCAAUUCCGUUAUUUAUUUUUUCCGAAAAUUUCGGUGUUGCAAUAAAAAGAUUCGAUCCAUGCUGUCUCUCCAAUACGAUAUGCUUAUCAAAUCCCUUAUUUAUUUGUUCCGAAUGGUAUCGGUAUUACAAUAAAAUGAUG